UGCCGCAGUUUUUGUUUUGGUUUCUCCGAUUGCGAAAUCUGUUUUCCACGGAUAAAGUCUGGAAAUCUACUCCCCGGACCACUUCCAUCAGCGAAGUUUCCGCCAAAAGAUGACCUCGUCGAUCAGCAACUACGACUACGAGUGUACGCGAAAGUGCCACCUGCCCCACCACGGCAAUGCGAUCACUGCGGCGCUGACGAAAAAGUCCGUCUCGGACGAGCUGCUGGUGGCUUAUGUGGCGAAAAUCUGCCGCAAUUUUGCCGAAAUACUGGACGAUCAGGGAAGAAGUGCCCUUCACCUGGCGGCAUCGGUCGGACGGUACGCCAUUGCCGAAUGGUUGCUAAAUAACGGGGCCAACAUAGCGUUGAAGGAUGGUGAAUCCGGCCACACGGCACUGCAUCGGGCAAUGUACUAUGGUUGCGUUGGUGUGGCCUCUCUGUUGCUGAAACAUGGAGCCGUUAUUGACGUUCCGGACGAGGAUUUCGUGAAUCCUUUGCAGCUUUGCAGUAACAUCCCGAAGCACAAGGACAACGGCAUCGGUCACGAGAUAGUGGUCUGGGGUAAGAACAAAAAUUAUAAUCUCGGAAUUGGGAACGUUGAAGGCAGGGACAAUCCCGAUUUCGUUGACUAUUUUCGGAAGCACCGGCUAACGAUCGAGAAGAUGUCCAUCAAUUCGUAUCACAGCGUAUUCCUGACGAAGAGUGGGGACGUGUAUGCCACCGGACAUGGUCGCGGAGGUCGGUUAGGGAAUGGCGCCGAGAAUACGGUUGUAUUCCCGACCAAAGUAUCCGUUCACACGAGAAGCGCUGAGGAACGAAUAAUAGACGUUAGUACCGGAAGACAUCACACGUUGCUAUUGUCUGAUCAUAAUUGUAUUUACUCCUGUGGAGAGAACAACUACUGCCAGCUAGGAAUUAAGCCACCUCCGGAGAAGCAAUUGACAUUUAAGGAAAUCGGAGGAUUGCACAAUUUUGCAGAUAAGCGAAUAAGUCGAAUAAUUGCCAAAGACUUCCACUCAAUGGCGAUCUGCGAAGCGGAUGUGUAUGUUUGGGGUCAGAAUGGAGGUCAAUUUGGCAUGAAGAAGGAAGUGAAUCCGGUGAUGUCUCCACGGCCACUUCCGUUGGAAAUUGAACAGGGCAAGGACAAGCUGGCAGUCGCCAACGUGGACACCACAAUCAAGCUAGUCGAAUCAAGCAAUGCAGCAAUUGUAGUUUACACCAAGUCGAGUUACUUGUAUAUAUUUAAUAAUUUUAAGCGUAGGACGUACAAGAACCCACUGAUGGAAAAGUUCGCAUGCAUUUCCGUUUCGGGAGGGGAGUUUGUAAGCAAAAAGGAGGACGCCCCGAAGCAGAGCAAGCAGCUGAGGAUUCUGGCGUUUACCGUUUCGAGGAACAUCUACAUCUGGUACGAGGAUUGUCAGCAGUUUGUGCGAUGCGUUUUUGCUCAGUCUAGAAAUUUGGAAAUCGAGAAGAUCCUGUGGUGCAAUAACAAUGCGCUGGUCUUGUUGAUGGGGAACUUAUACUAUGGAACCAUAACGCACAAGCUGAAUGCGCACGCAGUUACUCAGAUCAGUGAAUAUACGGAGACGUAUGCGAAAAAGGAGAUGAGCACCACCACCAAGACGAGGAUCGAGUUGAAGCGGAUAAGGAAUUUGAACAACGUAGCCGAUUUCGUGUGCGAUGACGAUGGGGAAAACUUCGCUGCUUUGCUGGAAAACUCCCGUCGCUGCCUAAACGUGCCAGAGCUGGAAGAAUCCAACUACGACUUUGACAAGCUUCUGAUCGAAGCGCACGAAAUGGACGGAGUGCAUGAUCUGGUGUUGGUCGUAGACUACCAAUCCUUUCCAGUGCAUAGGUUCAUCAUUUACCAACGCUGUCGACAUUUGAGGAAGUUAGCUGAGAAACAAGCCAACGAAAAGGAAAUCCACCUUAAGGGGUACGAAGGUUUAACGGCUUCAAUCUUCGAACUGGUGCUCCGGUAUAUCUACACAAAUGUAGUGCUGUCACGCGAGGAUGUUGAGAGGCUCGUUACGCUGUUGCAUCCCGGAGCGACAGUGGAUAAGGAGAGUACAGAUGAAAUGGUGACGCGACUGCGAAAGAUCUUCAAGCAGUUGGAAAUCGGAGCUUUGAAUGAGUCGUUGAAGAGCUUAUCGGACCACCCAACGAUAGAGGACUAUCCAAAGCUACCUCGGGAUUCCUAUCCGGACCUAAUGGACGUGACCAUUCGAUUGCAGGACAAUCAGGAGAUCAAAGCCCACAAAUGCGUACUGAUAGCUCGACUCGAGUACUUCAAUAUGAUGUUCAGCCACACUUGGACUGAGAGUCAAACAGUCAAUCUGACCACCAUCCCGCUGGAGUACAUGGAACCGAUUGUGGACUUUCUGUACAACAACGACUACCAGAAGAUUCGCGAUCAAAAGUACUCGGAAAGCUUCCUCUUCAAUAUGGUCGUCAUUUGCGAUCAGUUUUUCAUAGAAGAACUGAAAACCCUCUUUGAGGUGACCAUCGCCGAUCGGAUCAAUCUGAAGAACGUGGGUGAACUGCUCCAGUAUGCCUUCCAGUACAACUGCGAAAUGCUAAAGAACCUCUGCAUGCAAUUCAUCAGCGUCAAUCUGGCCAAGGUGCUGGAACUGCGAACGCUAGAAUGCCUUGAACCACCGGUAUUGACACAGAUUGAUCAGUUUUACAAGGACUUUUACCAACUUGCCGACUACAGGACGAUCACGCCAUCGGCGGAUGCUAUUUCGGACGAAGAGCUGGUACUAUUUGUGGAAGAUUUCCUCGUGGAUAUGAACGUUAAAGUUAACGAGUCAACAACGAAAAGCAAAACCCCCAAAGGCAAAAUUACUCCAAAGAGUACAAAGAUGCAGCUGGAGAAGAGGAACUACGAAAAAGAGGCAAUGGGAUACAUAAGAGAUUUGUCUUUCGAGGAGAUUCCCAUUCCGAAAUCAGAAGAGAAGAAAAUCUCAAAUGGCGAGAACGGACAUCAGGCCGUGCCGGAAAAGGAAAUCAAAAAUUGGCAGAAAGUCGUUGACAAAAAGGACCCCAAAAAGAAAUCCAUACCGGCAGCUUUGAAAGCUAACGAAAUCGUCAAAAACGAAUCCAAGGGAACGGAAAACUUUUCCAAUCUUAGAUCAAUUCUGGAAAAGGCGUCUUCUCCUGCAAAAGAACUACCCUCCCCAACUGCGACUCCGGAAAAGAAAGAAGAAGAGUAUGACUCCGGCUACAGCAGCUCCCGGAUCACCACGUUCAACCUCAGCGAUUUUGCCGUCCAAAAACCAAAACUAUCGCAAAAGCAACGGAAACGUCUCUCCUCUACCUCUGAGAAACCAAAAGAACUGAUACCGGUUGCAUCGCCGGAAAUUACCCCUGCUAACCCAUGGAAAAACCUCAACAAUUCCGCUGCCGACAUGUUCAAGUCCGAACCGAUCGCAGUAACGUCACCUUGCGGGAAUCGGAAAAUUUCCACCAGCAACGGAAGCUUCGAACCUGCCUCGCCACUAACCAACUAUCACCACUCACCAUCACCGCACGUUAUUGCUUCCUCGCCCAAACCAUCAAUGCAGCCGACUUCCAUCAGUGCGGCAACGCCCACAACCACCAUUGCCAAACCGGACAGAGCUCAAAAAGAAUUCAGCAAAAUCCUGGAGGACGAGCGCAAGCAGAAGCAGUACUAUGAAAAGAUCAAGUCCAAAUCGUUGGUCCACACGCAGAUCGAGGAGCGAGCCAUCGAGGAACUGCGGCGGUUCUACAACGUGGACAGCGUGUUCGAUGAGAACAUUACGAUCGAACGGUUCCGGCCGCAGUCGGACGGCGCGGUCAACUUUGCCGUUUGGCAGUAUCAGUAGACGCUUCGCUUGGGCCUUUGCGCGGUUUUAUGUGUUUCUAGUGUUUAAUUUUAAAGUC